CCAACUUCGAACAACUCCAGAAAAUCCAUUCUUCAAUGUAGUAAUCAAGAUCAAGGAGAUAGGAAAAACUAUUCCCGGAAAAAAAGAAAUUAGGGUUUUUGAUCUCGUUGUCAAAUGCCGUUGACAAGGUACCAGAUACGGAACGAGUACAGCUUGGCCGAUCCGGAGCUGCACAGAGCCGCCGAUAAGGAUGAUCCUGAGGCUUUACUUGAAGGAGUCGCCAUGGCCGGACUCGUCGGCGUCUUGCGACAGCUCGGCGACCUUGCCGAGUUUGCUGCUGAGAUAUUCCAUGACUUGCAUGAAGAGGUAAUGGCAACUGCUGCUAGAGGUCAUGGUCUGGUGGUUCGUGUUCAACAGCUAGAGGCAGAGGUCCCGCCACUUGAGAAGGCAUUACUGUCGCAAACAAAUCAUGCAUCAUUCUUUACCAAUGCAGGUGUGGAGUGGCAUCCUAAUCUUCACACUGAGCAAAAUCUGAUUACUCAUGGGGACUUGCCUCGUUGUGUGAUGGACUCUUAUGAAGAAUGCCGAGCUCCACCUCGUUUAUUCCUUUUGGACAAAUUUGAUGUUGCGGGUGUGGGGGCAUGUUUGAAGCGUUACACUGAUCCAUCAUUCUUUAAAGUUGAAUCAGCAUCCUAUGGAGUUGCAACUGUAGAAAAUCAAAGAGAAAAGAAAAUUCGCAAAGGAAAGAAGAAAGGAUCACGCUGGAGGAAUGGAGAGACCCCAGAAGUUGUUCCUUCAUCCCAUGCCAAACUUCAUCAGUUGUUCUUGGAGGAGCGAAUUGAGAAUGCAUAUAGUGACCCUACCCGUCGUGUGAAAUUGAAGAGAAGGCAAUUAAAUGCAUCUCCACUUGACCCCAAAUAUGGGAAGAGUUACAUGGAGAAGUUCCUGGAGACUCCUUCCCCAGAGCAUAAAAUGGUUUAUGAAACCUCUGUUACUCCACCACUCGUAACAUUAUCAUCAGAUCAAUUUUGUGAAUCAGGGCUUGAAAUAAUUGAAAUUAGUACAGUGAGCCCUCUGAAAAAAGCUUCUCGAGGAAAGGAGAGCACAUUUUCAUCACCUAAUGCAGAGGAAUUGGUUAUUAAACCAUUCAUGGAAGAAUCAAAUGGAGAUGUCAUAAAUGGAGAAAUUGUGAAUAUGCACGAGUCAAUUGUUGAUGGUCACGUGGAUGAGAUUCCUUCAGCUGGUGUGGAAGAUAGAGACCAUUCUGUUGAUCUGACCAGUGAGAUUGGCAAUUACAUGGAUGCUCUUGAUUACCAAUCAGUUGUGGUCUCCUCUUCAUCUGAUGAUGGAAACAACUCCUUCAAGAGAGGAAUAUCUAGUUUAUCCUAUUCUGAUACUGUAAGUAAUCUAGCUGAGAAUGCACCAUCUGAUAAUGAAGAAACAGAAAAUGCGUUCCCUUUUGCUGAAUCUUGUGCAUCUGAGACUCUGGAAACACCAUUCAUCCAGCACACUGCAUGUGCACAGACUGGAGGACCCAGUUCUAAUGGGGCUGCUUCAUCCAAAGAGACCUUCCUUAAUGAAAAUUGGCUUUGUGAGGUUGGAGAAGAGGGUAGUUCAUAUCCCACAGAUUUACUUCCACCAUCUGUUUCCUGGGAUAUUAGAGUAAGCCCAGUAGUGGCUGCAUCAGUGGAACAUGAAGUUGAUGAAAUACCAUUUAAUGGUGGUAAACAUGAUUCUGAAUUGUCAAAUACUGAUGAGAAUGGGACAAGUCUGUGCAAUUCUCCAGAAGCAGUGUCAGUUGAUCCUUAUGAGAGACAGGAUGAUACUACAUUUACAGUGUCUGCUGAAAAGAAUUCUGUAGAUGAGUUAGAUAUUGGGAACGUAAAUACCUCUUCUAAUGGUGUGCUGCAUCUGUCAAACAUUUCACAGCUUGCCCCUGGAAAGGGAAUCAAUAGUGACUCCUUGGAUGAAGUUAUUCAGAUGGACCAUGCCAACGAAAAUGAUGCUGAAAAUUAUGUGAACCAAAUAAUUUCUUCGCCCAAGCCAGUUACUUCACCUACCGAGGAGCAGUUGACUUGUUCAACAUUGACAGAAUCAGAAAUGCAUUUAAGUACAACUUUGCUUGCUGACAGUGGUGAUGUUGUGAAGCUUGGUAACUUGAAUUCUGAAGGCAGUGAUGCUGUUUCUGAAGGUGGAGGUUAUUCAGAAGACACGAGUCUCUUGACUGAUUCUUUGCCUGCUUGUAGCUUUGAUGAACAGCAACUAUUGUUGCAUGAUUUCCCACAAGUUAAAACUGACUCAAGAGAGACUGAAGCUUCAAAUUUUGAACCAAAAACAGAUGUUGAUGAAGUUUCUGAGGGUGCAGAGACAGAGGAAAUAGAGGGAUUUACCCACAGUGUUGAUGUAGUAGAACGAGGUACCAUCCCUCAUGAUCUUGACUCAGACAUUGAGUCUGAAAAAGCAACUGAAACAGUUCAAGCUGAAGAUGUUGCUGUCUCCACUGCUGUUGUAGCUGCUUCUCCUGGCUCUGAUGAUAUUAGCAAUUCUUUUUGUCAGUCUCCAAAUCCAAUUUGUUCUCCAUCUAGGAAUCUAAUGACUUUGGAACAAGCUCUUUUUGGUACUCUGGCUCCACAUGUGGAAGGUUCAAAAAUUAAUGUGGUUCUUUCUCAAGAAUUUUUUGCACAAUUAGAAACACCAAAGGAAAGACACAAAGUGGAAGUGGCUCCUGCAGAUAAUGAGAUAAGUUCUCAAGAAAGUCAUAUAGAAUCAGUGGUGCAAAAUGAAAUGAAUCAAGCAGAAGUUGUCCCUACAGAUUCAGACUUCACUCCAUUGAUUUUGAAUAACUAUUCCAAUGUGGAAGAUGUUGUUUCCUAUUGUUACCUGGCUGAGCCCACCAAAAACAACUUGAGCAUUGGUCAUGAAACUGCUCCAGCAGUAUCUUCAGAACUAAGCGAUCAAGAGUUGGGAUUAAGAUGUUUUCAUGAAAGCCAUCUUGAGGAUAAUAUAGAAGAUGUAGUGUCAUCAACUACUUUCUCAGGCCCAGGAACUUCUUUAGAUCAGUCAGCCAACCUGCAAACUGAACUAACUAUGGGAAAUAUCCAAGUAGAGGAAGAAAACUUCAGUUCAUCAAAUCACCUGUCCAGAAAAACAGAUUCUCAGGUAGAUCAGGAAAGGUGCCUUCAUGCUUCUGUUGUGCAUUUCAAAGAAGAUUCUCUGAGCCAACCUUCAGCAAUGGAGCUUUUACCACAACUGGCAGGAAAGGAAUUUGAGAGUAAUAAGCAAGGGAUGGAUUCAGCAGAUUCAGUUGUUUCUACCUUUGGUCUGCUUCCUGAGGCAACUCAAGUUAGUAUGGAGGAAAUGCCACCAUUGCCCCCUCUUCCCCCAAUGCAGUGGAGGAUAGGGAAGGUUCAGCAUAAUUCUGUAGCUUCUCACAGGGAGUUGGUUGGUCAGGGAUCAUUCCCGGGGAUACUGCAGCAUACAUCUGAGCAGAAAGCUCAAUUUGGUUUAUCAGCAUUUCAGGGAGGGUUUGUACAGCCUGAAAGCCUAUUUUCAAACCUUGCAUGUGUAGAGGAAGAGAAGUCUUGCCAUGCAUCUGAACAAUUAGUGGCAAAUAUGGUGCAGCCUACUCCAUUCUUGAUGAACCUUCCAGCUAUGGUUGACAAUUCUAACAGUCAAUACUGUGGUAUCAGCUUAGACAGAACUCAAUCUGUGAACUCAUUUUCAACAUUACCUGAAAUGUAUAAGGAAAGGCCUGAAGCUGAAGUUGGUUCAGAAGGCAAGAGGGUGCAAUCCAAUGACCCACUCUCUUUAGUGCCUGCAAUUGAGCAUAAGACUUCUAGAGUUGAUCCUCUAUCCUUGGUUGAAACACCAACCCAGCCUCAAAACCAGUUUGUAUUGGAUACCAGUUCAGAGAUAGAGGUAUCUCAACACUCUACACGAAUUUCUGAUGGAGAACAUGAUAAUCCUACCUAUCUAGAUGUGCCUUCAUUAAGUGAGACACAGGCUCCAGUGGAAGAGCUGCAUCUGACAAAUUUCUUGGAGGAUCAGCAGCAACAUAAAAAUGUAGAAGAGCAGCCUCAGCAUGGUCUGGUAACUUCAGAGGGAGAAAUAGUGCAGACAUCAAAUGCAUUUCCCUUGCCUGGUUUGUCAGUUCCAGAAGGAGCAUGGUCCUCAAAGACAUUUUCUCUAUCACAACCUGCAGAAGUUGGAAAGGCAAAUGGGAAUCCAUCUGUUAAGAUGCCUAGACCUCGAAAUCCUCUGAUUGAUGCUGUUGCUGCCCAUGACAAAAGCAAGAUGCGGAAGGUAACUGAACGGGUUCUGCCUCAGAUUGCACCAAAGGUGGAUGAAAGAAAUUCAUUGCUGGAACAGAUACGAUCCAAGUCCUUCAACUUGAGGCCUGCAGUGGUAACAAGACCCAGCAUUCGGGGUCCCAAAACCAACUUGAAGGUUGCAGCAAUCUUGGAGAAAGCAAAUUCAAUUCGCCAGGCAUUGGCUGGAAGUGAUGAAGAUGAAGAUGCUUGGAGUGAUUCUUGAAAAGACCUGCUCCCCAUGAUGGAACUGUACCUCAGUCCUCCGUGGUUCCAUAUUAAUUUCCCCCCUUCAGUGAAUAUGAAAUAUACUGUCUGAUCUAUUCUUUCCUUCCUGCUCCAUGUUCAUGAAUCAUGUAUUAUAAUACCCUCCUCUUUCCUCUGUGCUCCUCUCUUACAUGACGGAGAUGUUUUCAGCAGCUCCUUGCUCUGCUAUAUCAGCAGAACUCCAAUGUCGGGUCAAAAUGCUUAUACAAGUUAUGAGGUUCAGCGUGCAAGCGCUGUGUACCUGUUAAAAAGGGUAUCAUUAUUUUAAGAUCUUGUAAGGUGUAAAUUGGUUUUGAAGUGGUAUAGGUUUUGGUAUGAUAGCAUAAGCAUAAAAUUACUUGUGCAGUUUCACGGUCCUGUAUGUAUUGAACCUACAAAUGCAGCCUUUUAGCCCUUUUUAUUUUCACUAGCAUAAAAAUAGUGUUUGUAGAACAGUUGUUGGAGUCAUGCGUUCCCAAUGUUCUCCGCUGGGAUUAUUUAAAGCAGUU